GAUAAUUUGUAGUAUAGUUAUGCCGCCGAGACGUAGAGGUCGAGCUCGUGGCCGAGCUCAUGCAAGGCGGGGUCGCGUUGGCCGCAACGGCCGUGUAGAGGGAUCAGAUGUUGAGCAUAGUAAUCAUGAGGAUGCAGAAGUGAGUCAAUCUGCUAAUAGUGAUGGACAUGGUGCUUCAAACAUGACGCUUACCCAAUGGCUAGAUAUGAAGCUGGACAAGUUUGAUGGAUCAGGGACACCCAUGGACGCUGCAAGUUGGCUUCGCGGCAUGGAGAAAUACAUGGAUGCAUCUGUGAUGACACAAGAGGACAGAAUUGUCUAUGUAGCUUUCCAACUGAAGGGUCUCGCUGACAUGUGGUGGGAAGGAGUUCGUGCAGCGUGGACACCAGCCCAUGGACCGCCUACAUGGGAUGUUUUUGUUAAGCAAUUCACUAGCAAAUACUACCCAGAUUCAUUCACGGAGAAGAUGGAUGUUGCCCUAAGGAAUAUCAAGCAAGGUGACAAGACAGUGGAUGAGUACGAGAUGGAGUUUAGUAAGAUUGCUCAUUUUGUGGAUCACAUAAAUCAGAAUCAGAGUGAGAAAGCUAGAAAAUUCUUUGAGGGGCUUAAUUCAGAAUAUCGACAUGUCAUGGGAGCUAAUCGACCGAAUGAGUAUUUCAGUGUGGUGGAACAGGCUAGGGGAAUGGAGCUACAGAUUCAACUCACACAGGCAGAGGCAGCUCGUACAAGUGGUACUAGUGGCUCGAGUAGUAAGCACAAGAGAAGUCAUCAUGAUGGGAGUGAGCUUACGGAGCGUCUUGCUCUCAAGAAGUCCAAGUCAGGUGCACAUUCUCAACAGUCCGCCAACCCCAAUCAAUCAGGAGCUCAUCCUUUUUCAGCGCCACAUUCCAACAUCACAUCGUUCAUUCGACCCAUCCCAGGACAGGGCUUGAUUUGCUUCAAGUGCGGUCAAGGUCACCGUGCUUCUGAGUGUGACUUUUCGGGAUCUUGUGACCAUUGUGGCAAGACCGGUCACAUGAAACGUGUUUGCAAGAAAAAUCCUAACUCCAUUAUCAAGUGGCAAUUGACCAGUCCUUCCGCAGGGACAACAUUAUCCAUUUCUUCCAAUGAUGAGCCUCUAGGUGUCAGAUCCUCAGAUGGGUCAGUACAUAUGAUGACGGCCCCCCAAGUUGCACCUCCCCAGUUUCCACCUCAUCCAUAUCAGCAUCCUUACUUUGGCUACUACGGCCAUCCACCUCCAAUUACAGCUCCAUAUGUUCCGCCCCAGCUACCUGCUCCUCGCCAACCGCAACAAUUAGUUGGAAAUUCUUCAACCUCAACACCUGCCGGAGCUUAUAACAAACAAACAACCUCUCAAGGUCACCGUGAUGGGGCUUUAGGUAUUAAAAUCAGCGACAUGCAUGGGAAGCGGGCAUAGAAACAGCACGUCACUUUAUCACCUCACAUGUUCCCAUAUAAUAUUUAGAGAGCACCUAUACAUAGCAUCCAUAAAUUAUUAGUUGUUUCGGUACUAUCUACUUGAAUCUUUUGAAAUUAUUACAUAAUGCGAGCCUUUGGUCGCUCCGAUCAUUGUACUUUAUGUCUUCUAGUUAUGUUAUGAACUAUAUUGAUGAUAUUUGAUAAACAUCCUUUAUUUGCCUGUCGUGGUUGUCCAAAGAAACAAAGUAGGUGCUGCCUGAUUUUAGAAUUCUU